AUGCAUGCUCAUCCGACCUUUACGUCGGCUGCCCAAGUGGAUGCCGUAGCUGCCUGUUCCUUGUCUCAUGUGCUUUUUCUAGAUGAAGAGAAGAACGUAAAAGAGCCGGAGUUGCCAUUGCUGGCAGUAGCACAAUCGCAGCUGGAAGGAAACGUCUGGAGUGGAAGUGUCGCGUUGCUCGAGGCGACGACGAGUGAGCAGCUUUGUGAGCUGCCACUGGAGACAGGCGUGGCUUCGUUGGCUUGGUGUGGUGCAGAUGGAGAUAUACUUGCAUUGGGAUGUGACGACGGGGAUGUACGGCUGGUGAGACUGUCGGCAGACGUCGUAUUCACCUUUGUACCAAUGACGGCCAAUGGCUCAAUGGACGAAGAGGAUACAAUGCCAAUAGGAUGGGGACAUGAUGAUGUUAUUACGGGUGUUAGUAGCUCGAAAGUGGAGAAGACGCAGUUGGCUACAUGCAGUUGGGAUCUUACAGUAAAGUUGUGGGAUAUUGACACAAUGGAUAAGACACUUGCUACGUUUGAUGGCCACACGGACUUGAUUUGGGGUGUCGCUAUGAACCCAAUGCAUGGAAAUUUGCUGUGCUCGGCUUCACAGGAUCAAACGGUGCAAGUAUGGGAUGCACGUCAUCCUCAAAGUGCAGCGUUGAUGGUGUCUACACUUCUUCCAGCAUUGUCGGUGGAUUGGCAUCCGAGACAAUCGACGGUCUUCUCUGUUGGUCUAGAGGAUGGCGUGGUGUGUACUUUUGACGUUCGCUCACCACACAAACCGUUGGCUCGACAAGAGACCCAUGAAGCAGCUGUGCAUGUCGUGAAGUACUCGCCGUAUCAUGAUGACUUGUUGGCAACGGGUGGUGAUGAUGGCAGGGCUUUUGUGACUACUGACAGCUUUUCAUCCGGUCAAAUUGCAGGCAGUGGAGUACGUGAAUUACUGGUCGGUGAAGAGAAAUCUUCACCGCACCGAGACUACGUACGUGCGUUGGAAUGGUUCAAAUUGGCGUCGGCAGUGCUUUCUUCCGAUGACAAGAAGUUCGACGCGAUGCUCGCCUCGGGCUCAUGGGACAAGAGUGUGCACAAGUGGAGCGUUGCUGAGUACAGUGCUCCUGUAUUGGAUGAAUUGAUCUUAUCUUACUCUUCUGAAGAGACAAUGCCAGUGGCACCGCCCGGAGUACCUGUUGCGUAA